UAGCUGUCACACCUGCAUAGAUAGUCUUCAAAAUUCUGGGGUGGGAGGGGUUGAGAGGACAUGAGAGUGGAAAAUCAUGUUGUAAUGAAUCUAGUGUGCACCUGUUCAACAGACUGUCAGCUUCAGUUAAACUUGUGUCGCAAGGUCUCGAGAUCAUCUCUCACAAGCCUCAUCUGGAGAAAGAGAACGGGGAACAACGUGAUGGGAUUUUAUAGAGAGGGUUUGGUCCUCUCUCUUCUGGUCCAAUGGGCGACAGUAAUGUCCCAGGGUGUGAUGGGACCAGUGAUGCCUGAUCGUAACCAGUCAACAAUAGACUUUCCCAAAAUACCGGCAGACUUCCGGGAAAUGGCCAAGAAAUUGAUGAUCACAUGCUUCAAGAAAGGUUACCAUGUGCCUGUAAUGAACAAUUCACUGAACAGCUCAUAUGCACAGACACAAAACCAGAUGAUGCAGAGCCCCAUCUCUAUGUUUGUAGAGCUUCUCUCCUCACUCCCUCCAUCCUUCUCCAUCCCUCGCUCCAAUCAGUCCAAUGACACGGCAGAUGAGAAGGGCCUAGUCUGGGACAUUGCUGAGAAGAUGCAGAAUUGCACCAACAUGGGCCAUAUGAUUGAGCUCAUGAGAAACACUACGGAGAGCCCUCGUUGUUUGUUGCGGGCAUUCGUGGCUCCUCUUUCCUGGAUGGCCAUUAUGCAGAAUGGAACAUCCCUCAACAAAGAGGAUCUAACAACGCUUUUAUGGGCAGCUAAACCUUUCUUAGAAACAAUGCCUGCAUCUAGCUUUGUUCUGCCAGCAUUUUCACAAAGCUCUCACUUGGCUGAAAUGAUGAAGGUGUUUAGUGAGAUGUUCAGCAUUCUGUCUGAGGAACAGAGGAAUGAGAUUAUAGGGUGGGUCAAAGAAAGAGUUGCACAAAAUGAAUUUAACUGCAGUCUGAAAGCACCUGCCUCCAGCAUCCUGCCUCCUAAACCACUGGAAAAACCUACCAUGCCAAAUGGCCAUCAGUCUAUGAUGAGCAGACCUGGUGCUGAAGCAACUGACCAUCCUGCAAUGAAUGUCCGUAGAUGUCCUCCUGGGUUUCUCUGGCUGAAGGCUAGGAUGUUAGCAAUGAUGGGGCCUUUCCUAUCCCGGCUGCCUUUUGAGGAAGUAAAGACCAUCCCUAAAGAAGAGCUAUGUGAGUUUUUCAGGACUCCAGAUUUCUCUCCAUCUUUUCAUAAUGUUAUUGGCAUACAGCCCGCCCUGGGCCGGACACUUUUUCAACGCUUGAAACAAGAGUGUUCCAGCACUGACAAUUUCACUCAAUACGUGGACAGAUUGGGCUCUCUGGCUUGUUUUUUUGAUGGCGCAAUGUCUCUGAAUCUGAAUCUUAGUAGAAAACUGCUGUCUCAGAUUGAUGCCUGUAAAAACUCUGAAAUAGACAAGGUGAAGAGGCAGUUAGUACAGAACAUUCUGGAGAAAGAUGAUGGCUUUUCUUCCUCUCCUGGUAUGCUCCAGUCUCUGGGAUCCUCUGUGUCUGUUAUUCCACUUUCCAGGCUGUCCCGCUUCACCCCUGAGGACCUGAACAACACCCUCAGCAGCUUGAGUCAGGCCAAAUGGAGCCCAGCUCAAGCUAAAACUCUGGCUCAGAAACUGUUAGAAGCUACAAAGAUUAUAAGUAGUGAGAGGCUGCUGUCUCUGGGUUCGAUGGUGAGAGGGGUGGCCAGUGCCGUCCUCAAGAAUGUGAAGGCAAAAGGUCUGCUGGGAAAUGAAGCCCUGGAAACUAUGAGUGAGAAGAUGUCCUCCCUACAGAGAGCAACAUUACUGGAAGCGUUCCGCCGUGAUGUGAACGCAUCUGAACUGGUGAAAGGCUUGCCAGAUUCUCUCCUCUCUUCUCUGUCUCUGUCCACGCUGGAGAAGGCAGACCUCAGCUCGGUGGACCAGCUACAGGGACGCGGCUGGACUCCUGCUCAAUCUGCUUUCCUUUUGAAGAAGAUUUUGGGUAAUAAGAUCAACCUUAGCGAAUUACGAAAGCUGGGUCAGGCUGUGCAAGGUGUCACCUGUGAAAUGAUUGGAAAAAUCAAUCGAACUGAUGCUUUGGAUAUGGCACAGACACUUAACAAAUCCUGUGCGUGGCUCUCCAGGGUUCAGAUUCGCUGUGCAGCUCAAAAACUCUUUGCAAGUCUGGAGGAACAGAGACCAGGAUAUUUCAGUGACAUUAAAAACUCUGAGCUCCAGGCCAUCCCAGCUCUGCUACUCAUCCAUCUACCAGUGGAGAAGAUUCAAAACCUGUCAGAUGCUGUGUGUCCUGCUUUCAUGGAGAAGAUGACGCAAGUGAACCUGACCUUUCUGCCAAACAGUUCUCCGGCACGCUACGCUCUUACCAGAAGAGCCAUUGGCUGCCUGAAGGGGAAUGUCUCUGAUCUGUCUGCAGCAGAGGUUUUGACUCUAGGCCCUCUGGUGUGUGAGUUAGACCCAGCCUGGAUCUCCUCUCUGAACCCCGCGGCUCUGAACUCCACCCUGCAGGCUCUCGCCUCCUGUCAGUAUAUCCAACAACAGCACAGAGAGCAUCUGUUCAGCCUGCUUACAGGCACAUAUGGGGACCCUGCUUACUGGUCAGAGGUGGACAUGAGGGCACUUGGUCCUCUUUUGUUACUUAAUGACACUGCUGUUGAAAAGCUGCCAUUCAAAAGCUGGCUGAAGUCAUAUCUGUCAGAUCUGAUGGAUAGUUUGCCCAGUCAGCCUGUUGUUCCUCCUCCAAAGGAAUUCUGCUCUUGGCUUGAUCUCUCUGCUCUUCGCCGCAAACUUUUUGAGCUCAAAACGAGCAGCACAUUACAAAAUCGCAGGAAGCGUGAAGUGGCGGUUUCUCUCACAGUGAUGUCUACUCUAGAGCCUACACUCAUUUAUAUUGAGGACCUAAAACAGGGAAAUGUAUACUGGACUCCCACCCAGCUCAGUAAAAUGACCAUGCAGACUUUUAAAGAUGCCGUGCCAACAUUAGGAGAGAUAAACAACUACAGCACAGAACAAUUGGCUGCACUCAAAGCAAAAAUUGUGGAGGCAUGGGGUAGUGUGUCCAUGUUGAAUGAGUCCCAGAUUACUCAACUGGGCUGCAUCUGCCAGGGUUUCAGUGCUGAAGAGCUGGGCAACAUCAGCAUCACCUCACUGGACACUCUGGAAGUGCUGACUGCCUGCAACUUUACCCAGACACAGAGGACAGCCAUCUGGCAGGCUUUUGAAAGGGUGACUGGAAUCAGCGUGGCUGGACUAGGGCAUCUGGAGAUGAUGGGACUGGGACAGUUUAUCUGUGGUCUACAACCUGCCCAGAUUGAUCAGCUCAAUUCCACCAGCUUUAGGGAGGCAGUAGAGGCGGUGGGCCGUGCUUCUUGUCUUCUGAACGUUAGAGAGCGUCUUAAGGAAAAGGCAGUGGCUGCAUUUGGAAAGCCAGAAACUUGGACUGAAGCUCAAGUUAGUGAGAUGGGCAACAUCCUUGCUGGUCUAAGCACUGUUGAGCUGGGACGUCUAAAUUCAACCGUCUUGCCAUUCAUUCAGCGGUCCGCCAUCCCUCUCAUACCCUUAGAUCGCCUAGCUGCAAUGUCAGUCAGCCAGUUGAAGGCUUUGGGUCCUGAAAAUGCUGCCAUGGUCACGGAGGCUCAGCGCGCAGGGCUGAGAGUCGAUCAAAGGUCUGCACUGGAUGAAGCCGUGGGACUGAAAACUGCACGUGCUGAAGUGUCCACUGGAAACUCCAGUCCAAGCUCCAGUGGAUCAGUCCCAGUUGCCCCACUGCCACUAAAAGGAGACGCAGCAGUAGAGAGCAUGACAGGAUGUGUCCUCCUCAUGCAGGCCAUCCUGCUGAUGUUACUUAGAUACAUUCUCUAAGAAGAAGAAGGGUCAAAGGUCACAGAUAUAGCAUGUGUCAGAUGGCAGAUUCACAUGAUAAUGUAAACCAGUAGAUUAGUAUCUGGCCAUUUAAGAAUUGCUAUAUUUCAAAAUUAUAUUUAAAACGUAGUCACUGAAUGCACAUUUUAACUUUAAAAUAAAGCCAAAUAUAGUAUGCUGAGGCAGGGGUUUGAUAAGACUGGGGUCUAUCCCAUUAAAUGUAUUUUAUAGAGAAACUAUAUUUGAUAAUACUGCUGUUUAGAUAUUUUCACAUCCAGAUUUAUUAUUAUUCUGACAUAUUUAAUACUGUGCAUACUUCAUUAAAUUGUAGUUUUGUUAUCAAAUUAUUUAAUUCCAGUUAAAUGUUUGUAUUAGAGGUUGUGUUCUUUGGUAGCAUCAUUCGAAUCAUUUAUACCCCAACAUGAGGUUAAUAAAAGUCUUAUGUGUAAAGAGA